AAGUUUGUUUACAUAGCAAUUGACAACACACAUUUAAUCGCAAAACAAUCAAACGAUGACUUUUGUAUCUUUAAUGAAUAAAAGCUUAUAUUGAUAAUUAGGUUUAUCUUAAAUUGUUGUGGUGCUUAAUCAUAAUUAAUGUUUUACUCAUUUUAUAUUCGUCGAUGUGAAUUUAUCGAAGAAAAUAAAUGAAGACUUAUUUACCCCACCCGCUAAUGAUGACCUUGUAAUACUUCUACAAGUUGUGAUUGAAAAAUACUUACCAAAACAACAAAUGUCUUUAAAAUCAUACGGUUAUCCAAAGAGUCUCUUAAAAUAAAUUGAAUGGUGAUAAUACCAUCAUGAUUAAGAAAAUUACUAUGCAUAUAAUUAUGAUGACAUCAAAAUACUGUUUGUGUUUGUUUCUAUAUUGUUUUCAUUUGCUAACAAUUUAUUUAUAAGAUAAUUCAAUACUGCACCCAAGUCUGCAGUGCCCAAUUAUGCCAUAUAACUCUACAAUCCCAUUAAGAUCUACUCUAAAGCCAUUUAAAGUAUUUAUUUUUAUCAUAUUCCCUUUUUGUGCAUUUGUUCCCUUUGUUUGUUUUGGUAAUGUGAAAAUGAAAAAUCAUAUAUAUAAUUAAUUCUUUUAUUUAUAGAUUUUAGCAUCAUUGAGGUACCUUGCUAAGGGAGAUUUUUACUCGGAAGGGGGUGAUAUCCACGGAAUAAGCAAGUCGAGCUUCUGUCGGAUUUUACAGAAGUUCAUCUCAGCUGUAAAUCAAAAGUUGAAAAAUAUCAGAUUUCCACAAGGACCAGCUGUUCUGCUUGUCAAGCAAGAAUUUUUCAGAAAAUGUCAGCUGCCAAAUGUAGUUGGGGCAGUCGACGGGACCCUUGUACCCAUUAUCAAACCUGCUGAGGCUGAAGAGGCCUAUGUGUGCAGGAAGGGGUUCCAUGCCAUUAAUGUACAGGCUGUCUUUGACGCCAACAUGAGGUUCACAGAUGUCGUGUCAAGAUGGCCUGGUGCGACUCAUGAUGCUGCGGUGUUUGAUAGCAGUGGCGUAAAGGAAUAUCUGAGCACCAAUGAUGUGGGUCAUCUGCUAGGGGAUAGCGGAUAUCCAUUAAGGACCUACCUCAUGACCCCUGUACCUCAUCCCUCCAAUGAUGGUGAGCAAGCCUACAACGACCAUUUAUGUAGAGGACGGAUAGUCGUAGAACGAGCAUUUGGUGUUUUGAAAUCACGAUUUAGGUAAUUUAUUAUAUAAGCAGCGAAGUAUAAG